AUGUACAAAUUGAAACCUAGGUCACAACUCUUUUCUGCAGUGUUCCUGCCAAAGAAAGCUCAUUUUAAACCUCCAACAAAAUUCCCACUAAAUCUGAGUUUCAACACCCAACUCAAACCUCCAACAAAAUUCCCACUAAAUCUUACUUUUAACACCCAACUCAAACCUCCAACAGAGUCCCCACUAAAUCUUACUUUUAACACACAACUCAAACCUCCAACAAAGUCCCCACUAAAUCUUACUUUUAACACCCAACUCAAACCUCCAACAAAGUCCCCACUAAAUCUUACUUUUAACACCCAACUCAAACCUCCAACAAAGUCCCCACUAAAUCUUACUUUUAACACCCAACUCAAACCUCCAACAAAGUCCCCACUAAAUCUUCUUUUUAACACACAACUCAAACCUCCAACAAAGUCCCCACUAAAUCUUACUUUUAACACCCAACUCAAACCUCCAACAAAGUCCCCACUAAAUCUUACUUUUAACACACAACUCAAACCUCCAACAAAGUCCCCACUAAAUCUUACUUUUAACACCCAACUCAAACCUCCAACAAAGUCCCCACUAAAUCUUACUUUUAACACCCAACUCAAACCUCCAACAAAGUCCCCACUAAAUCUUACUUUUAACACCCAACUCAAACCUCCAACAAAGUCCCCACUAAAUCUUAGUUUCAACACCCAACUCAAACCUCCAACAAAGUCCCCACUAAAACCUCCAACAAAGUCCCCACUAAAUCUUACUUUUAACACCCAACUCAAACCUCCAACAAAGUCCCCACUAAAUCUUCUUUUUAACACCCAACUCAAACCUCCAACAAAGUCCCCACUAAAUCUUCUUUUUAACACCCAACUCAAACCUCCAACAAAGUCCCCACUAAAUCUUACUUUUAACACCCAACUCAAACCUCCAACAAAGUCCCCACUAAAUCUUACUUUUAACACCCAACUCAAACCUCCAACAAAGUCCCCACUAAAUCUUCUUUUUAACACCCAACUCAAACCUCCAACAAAGUCCCCACUAAAUCUUACUUUUAACACCCAACUCAAACCUCCAACAAAGUCCCCACUAAAUCUUACUUUUAACACCCAACUCAAACCUCCAACAAAGUCCCCACUAAAUCUUACUUUCAACACCCAACUCAAACCUCCAACAAAGUCCCACUAA